GUCGUACUGUCAAGAACACUGUCUUUGCCUCAGUGCCCUCUUGACUCCUAACAAGAGUGGAUAUCCCUCGCCCAACCCACGCCCAGCUUGCUUCUCGAGCGGUGGCAUCAUCGAUCACACGGCGCACAGACGCAGCUGAAUCUUGAGCUGGAUACUUGUUCCCGACCAUACUUCUGACGACCAUGAACUUUGUGGAUCCAUUCGACAUCGCUACUGCGAGCAGCAGUACACCCCCUCCGCGGCCUGACAAUGAGCAGAGCCUGAACGAGGAGGUCAACCAGGUCAUAGGCCAGCUUGGGCGCUUCUGGGGAGGCUUCCGGCAGCAGAGUCAAGCAGCCCUGCAGGUCGCAAAGAAAGACCUUGGAGACGUCGUGCAGCAGGCGCAGAAGGAGCUCACCAAGCUGACGACAGAGGUCACCUCCCCCGCCGCCCCGGAGACCCCGGCUGGCGACCCCUCGGAAGGCGAAGCCUCCGCUCACGACUCCGCCGACCGCACCCCUGUUGGAUCCCCUACCACUGAACAAGCCUCCGCCGCUGGCCCCUCCACAUCCACCCCCGCCGCGACCGCCACCGCCCAGGUCUCCAACAUCUUCAACCGCCUCCAGGCAGCCCUCCCGCCUGCUGUUGUCUCCGCCGUGCAGCACAACCUCGAGACCGUCCAGCACACCGUGCAGCAUAACAUCGAGAACCUGCAGCACACCGACCUCAACGCGCUGCGCCAGAGCCUCUCCGCCGAGUUUGCGCGCGUGCAGGGCGUGACGCGCGCGCAGGCGGAGGAGUACAUGCAUCGCAGCGAGGAGCUCCUGCGCGAGGCGGGUGACGUGCUCAAGGAUGCGGUGAAGGUGCUUCCCCCGGAGGACGACGGCGUGGGGAUGCAGGCAGGCGUGGUUUGGGAUGGGUCGGAUAUCUGGAUGCUGCCGGAACCCACGACGGGGGCUGGCAAGGGGAAGGGUAGAGCGAGCGCAGAAACGCAGCGCUCGGUCUCGACCCGGGCAGAGGCGCUAUUGAGGCGUCUACGCAGCGAUCCGGAGAUCAUCUUGCACGAUCCUGAGGCAGAUGAGAAGGUGAAGGGCAUUUACGACGAGUGGUUGAAGAACGCCGAGUUCUCGCUUGGGGGUGAGAAAAAGACAACCUGGGACGAGAAGGUUGAGAGCGCACUGGCUGACGGGGCGGAUGGUGCUGCCUUGAAGACGACUCACGAUGCGACUGUGCCCGACAAACUGUCGGAAGAGGUCUUCUGGAAGCGGUACUUCUUCCGCGUUCAUCAGAUUGAGACCGAAGAGGCGAAGCGCAAGACUCUGCUGCAAGCGCAAGUCAACGACAACGAGGAAGACUUCAGCUGGGGCGAAGAGGACGAAGAGGAGGAAGAUAUCACGUCCACUCACACCAUUGAGAAGCCACUCGUCAGCGAACCAGCCGUUCAGAAGCUUGCGGAGCCCAAGCCUGAGCCUGCUAGCGCCAUUCCGGCCCACCUCAGCUCUCGCGAGAGCAGCGGAGAGGAAAGCUAUGAUGUCGUCUCAUCGAACGUCAGCGCUGUGGGCGAGGAACCUAAGAAAGAGAAGGAGAAGGACGAGUCGGAGGAGGACAGUGAUUGGGAGUAAAUUGUCCGGAAGUUUAUACUUAUACAAUGUACACAUCAGAAGCGCAGGAACCUCUGUACUUAUACCACUGAUUCUAUGCUCAAAGUCAUCGUGUCUCAGACU